GCAUCCCUUCAAGUCCAAUCACUGAAUUUUUAAAUUGCACCAAAAAAUUUUAUUUAAUUCUCUUAUUAUAGGCCAUCAUUAUCGAAAACCCAUUUUCAGUUUUUUCACUGCCUCUCUGUUUUUUCAGAAAAGUAAAAACAAAAACAGGAAAAAAUUUCGGUAAUAGGUCUGCAUCUGUAUCUGUGUCAACUUUUGGCCUUUUGUUUUGGCCUUGGCGUGUUUGGUUCCAUCUGCGUGAGUGAUUUUCAUAGAUCUUUAUCUGUGAGCGUGAAAAGAAAAGAAGAAGAUAAUGGUAUGGGAAGCACAGGGGACGAGCAGAGCAGUCUAAUAGAAACCCACAGCAUUUCCACAUGGAAUUUGUGGGGAUUGCCCAAAACAUAUAGAAAUCACAUUCAGCAUUCCCAGAUCUCUAGGAUCUCAGAAUUUCAGGCUUAGAUGUUUGCUCGCUUGCUUUUUCGAGAAAAUUCUCUUCUGUUUUGCUGUUUGUCUCAGCUCAUAUGGUGCCCAGUGCGCCCAGUUUGAUUCAAAAUUCUCUGUUUCCGAGCUGGGUAUUUUGAGGCCAAGUUAUUUUAGCAUCUGGGUCUUUGGUAUCUUUAAGUUUUUAUCAAAAAGUAACAGUGCUUUGUUUGAGUUAAAAAGCUAAACGAAACAGCCCAUGACUUCCUGUUAUGGUAAUACUUUAUGGGUUUCUGAUUCUGAGAGCGGCUUUUUGUUUAGAUAAGGAAAAUGUUCAGAAGUUCGUGUGAAAAUGGCUUUUGUGCUUGUUGGUUAUGGUGGUCUUGAUCAGUGGGUACUGGCUGGGCAAAGAUAGUAAAUUUUUUUACUGAACUGAGAAUAGAGUAUGGAAAGUAGUUUCAUCUUCUGGAAAGUGGGUCUGCUGGUUUUGGCAUUGAUGGGGACUUCUUCUGCUACUCUUUCUCCAACUGGUAUAAACUAUGAAGUUGUAGCUCUGAUGGCCAUAAAAAAUGAUCUUGUUGACCCACAUAGUGUUCUGGAGAACUGGGAUAUUAAUUCUGUAGAUCCCUGUAGCUGGAGGAUGGUUACUUGUUCUGCGGACGGCUAUGUUUCUGCUUUGGGACUGCCUAGUCAGAGCUUGUCUGGUACCUUAUCACCAGGGAUUGGAAACCUCAGUAACUUGCAAUCUGUGUUGCUGCAGAACAAUGCCAUUUCAGGUCCGAUUCCUGCUACCGUAGGAAAGUUAGAAAAGCUUCUGACACUUGAUCUCUCCAACAAUACAUUCAGUGGGGAGAUACCUAGUUCCUUGGGGCAACUCAAGAACCUAAAUUAUUUGAGGUUAAACAACAACAGCCUUACUGGAUCCUGUCCCGAGUCUCUUUCCACUAUCGAAGGUCUCACUCUCGUGGAUCUUUCUUUUAACAAUCUCAGUGGCUCCUUACCAAAAAUAUCAGCAAGAACUUUCAAAAUUAUUGGUAACCCUUUAAUUUGUGGGGCAAAGCCUGACAACAAUUGUUCGGCUGUCUUUCCAGAGCCACUGUCCUUCCCACCAGAUGCUAUAAAAGGUCAAUCAGACUCUGUAAGAAAAAGCCAGCAUGUGGCUAUGGCUUUUGGUGCAAGUUUUGGUGCUGUUUUUGUUAUAAUUCUUCUUGUUGGGUUAGUUGUUUGGUGGCGAUACAGACACAACCAGCAGAUUUUCUUUGAUGUUAAUGAUCAAUAUGACCCAGAUGUAUGCCUGGGCCAUUUGAAAAGGUAUGCAUUUAAGGAGCUCCGGGCUGCAACUGACCACUUCAACUCAAAGAACAUUCUUGGGAGAGGUGGUUUUGGGAUUGUAUACAAGGGAUGCUUGAAUGACGGAACUGCGGUGGCCGUUAAAAGGCUGAAGGACUUUAAUGCAGCUGCUGGUGAAAUUCAAUUUCAGACAGAAGUUGAGAUGAUAAGUUUGGCUGUCCAUCGGAAUCUUCUCAGGCUUUUUGGGUUCUGCACAACUGAGAAUGAACGUCUCCUUGUUUACCCCUAUAUGCCCAAUGGAAGUGUGGCCUCAAGGCUAAGAGAUCAUAUUCAUGGCCGGCCAGCUUUAGACUGGACAAGGCGGAAGAGAAUAGCUUUAGGUACGGCAAGGGGGCUAGUUUAUCUACAUGAGCAGUGUGACCCCAAAAUUAUCCACCGUGAUGUCAAAGCAGCCAAUAUUUUGUUGGAUGAAGAUUUUGAGGCAGUUGUUGGAGAUUUUGGGUUGGCAAAGCUUUUGGAUCAUAGAGAUUCUCAUGUGACCACAGCCGUGCGUGGCACUGUUGGCCACAUUGCUCCAGAGUACUUGUCAACAGGUCAGUCAUCAGAAAAGACUGAUGUGUUUGGCUUUGGGAUUUUGCUCCUAGAGCUGAUCACUGGUCAGAAAGCUCUAGAUUUUGGAAGAGCAGCAAACCAGAAAGGCGUAAUGCUUGAUUGGGUUAAAAAGCUCCAUCAGGAUGGAAAGUUAAGUCAAAUGGUGGACAAGGAUCUAAAGGGAAAUUUUGACAGGGUUGAGUUGGAAGAAAUUGUUAGAGUUGCCCUUUUAUGUACUCAAUUUAAUCCUUCUCACCGCCCCAAAAUGUCAGAUGUAUUAAAAAUGUUGGAAGGAGAUGGAUUAGCUGAGAAAUGGGAGGCUUCACAGAAGGUUGAGACGCCAAGGUUUAGAUCUUUUGAAAACCCUCCUCAAAGAUACUCAGAUUUUAUAGAAGAAUCUUCACUUGUGGUAGAAGCAAUGGAGCUUUCUGGCCCUAGGUGAUUCUUUUCUUUCUUUCUUUCCUCUUUUUUUUUUUUUUUUUUUGUUUCC